AUGCAGUCCCCCAACGCCGGUGACCACUGGGCAGUCCUCAAUUGCAGCCGUCAAACCCCCUGGGCUGUGUCCACGGAGUCGCCCGAGAUCCCUUAUUGGGCCAUUUUGGCCGGGGCAAUGAGAGAAUCACGUCCAGCUCGGGCAACAGCAGGGAACUUGGAAGAGGUCUGGGCCUCAACGGUACUCACCUGGACCCGGGCUGGCUCUUCCGACUCGCCGUCCAGGCGACAAUUUGAACAAUGCGCCCAGCAAUGGCACAAUCUUCCACAUACCGUACCAUCUCGCUUCCCUGCUUUCCAAUUCCAGCUCACAGCAGGUGACACCCCGUUGGAACCCGCUGGAACGGCCCAAGAGACCCCAAGAAUCCUCGGCCGGCCGCCGAUCUGCCUCACACCAGUUACUGACUCUCACCACGCUACCAAAGUAGAAAACAGGAUGGUCAAUUGGUCAGGCAGUGCCCCUUUCGCCCCCCAUGGGAAUGUGCGAAUGCUUCUGCGGCUGCCGCUGACGCCCGGCUCAGCCUGCAAUUACGUGCGCGUCCAACAGCGUCCAUCCCUCCACCCUCCCUUCCAGCUCGUGUUCCAUUUCUCCACGGCAAAACUUUACUUUCCGCGGACCAGUCACGAGCCGCCUGCGAUUCCAUCAUCGAUCCGAGUUGGCCAUGACAUUGACAGCUCAAGGUCACCCCACCACACUAUUGGAGGUGACGACGCCUACGGAUGCUGUAUACUCGUGAUAGUGGCUUUUACGAGUGGCAUGUUCGUACUCUGUACGGAGUAA